CUUUUAUGUGCGAGCGCUUGGCUUGGUGGAGCACAGAGCUCGCGGUGAUCAGCACGAGAGGAACACAGUUCAAAGCUUCUGAAGGAGGGUGUGACAGCAUCUCUAAAGACUCACCAGGACUGUGUUUUUCCAAGUCUGUUAAUUCACCCGCAGUGCACUCUUAAGAUGGCAGCCGCUGAAGAGUUCUUGGUCAAGGAGCUGGACAAACGCGCCUCGGGCCAAGCCUUCGAGGUGAUCCUCGCUGCUUCUGAUGCCAAGGGAGAAUUCCCCCUGUGUCCGCCCAAGAAGAAGGAGAUGUCGCUGGAGGAAAUCCAGAGGAAGCUGGAUGCUGCAGAGGAGAGACGCAAGAACCACGAAGCCGAGGUUCUGAAGCACUUGGCUGAGAAGCGAGAGCAUGAAAAGGAGGUGCUACAGAAAGCUAUGGAGGAGAACAACAACUUCAGUAAGAUAGCAGAGGAGAAGCUCAAUCAGAAGAUGGAGGCCAACAAAGAGAACCGCACAGCACUUUUGGCAGCGAUGAAUGAUAAAUUCAAGGAGAAGGACAAGAAGGUGGAAGAAGUGCGAAAGAACAAGGAAACCAAAGAAGGCACCGAGGACUGAGUUUCACACAGGGGCGUGUAUAGGGUUUUUUACGUAUCCAAAGAUUGAUUUAUUUUUCGUUCGGCCAGUAUUUUUGUUGUGUUCACCGCCCAACUUUUUUUGAAAUAAAUUCAAGUACUUUGUGAAAUGUUCAAUUCUCCUGCUAUGAGUGUAUUUGCGCUGGUUUCACAUGUGGAUCAUUUCCCCCCCCCGCCCUCAUGUCUUUUCCAUUUGAUAUGUAGCUUGUCGGUGCAGCUUCUACCCUUUUUGAAAAUUAGCAGUGUACUUAUCUUUUUGUAAGGAAAGCAUGUUUCUAUGCAUAGGUCUUUUAUCCCUGCCUAUUUCAUAGUGAGUUUUGCAAACUGUCUCUGUGAAUUACACCUGUUCUCGCCACUUACUGUAUAUUAAAAUAAAAAAAGUAGCAAAAGGUUAAAAUCGAGGCGUCGGCUGUUUUUCACUCUGUGUUUUUGUGAAGCUUUGCUAGUUCUUGGCUUUUUGUAAAACAUAUUGGGGUCUUAAAGCACAUAACGUCUUGCUGUGAAUUGAAAUGCCAGGUUUGGAAGACGGUCGCCAUCUUGACUGAAUUUUGGGGGAGGGGGGUUGUCUACACAUGGGAUGCACACGAGCAAUACACUUUAGGCACCUCAUAUAGAAACAGUGGCUAGUGACUUGAACUGUUGUACUAAAACAAAUAAAAAAAUGUGAACUCAC